UUUCCCAUCCAGUUUCAGAGGUGUCCUUGGAUAUUCCUUUCUCGUUUUCCCCCGGAAUCUGUCAGCAUUCCCGACGGGACGCAGCCAGCUUGUAUCCGUGCCAAUCCUUUGAUAUUAGCUCCCGGUGUCGUCUGCUUCAUUCUGUGGCGGUGCAGGCAGCCAGACGACCUUUCUCCAUGAGGAGCAGUGGAAGAUGCCGGCUCUGCCAGCGCUGCUGCUGUCGAUUCACCUCCUCGUCCUCCUCCUGCUGUUGCUUCUGCUGACCAUGGCCCCGUCCUCUCACAGCCAGGCGCCCGCUCUCGUAGUCGUCAGGAUGGCUGCUAUUUUAGAUGAUCAGUCACCGUGUGGACGUGGAGAGCGGUUGGCAUUGGCUCUGGCCCGAGAGAACAUCAACAGUGUGAUGGAGGGCCCGGCACGAGCACGCGUGGAGGUCGACAUCUUUGAGCUGCAGAGAGACUCUCAAUAUGAGACCACAGACACAAUGUGUCAGAUCCUGCCAAAGGGAGUGGUCUCUGUCAUUGGUCCUGCCUCUAGUCCCGCUUCCGGAUCCACCGUCAGUCAUAUAUGUGGGGAAAAAGAGAUCCCUCACAUCAAGAUUGGUCCAGAGGAGACUCCACGCUUGCCAUAUCUGCGCUUUGCCUCAGUGACGCUGUAUCCUAGCAACGAGGACUUAAGCUUGGCCAUUGUUGCCAUCCUGCGCUCUUUCAGUUAUCCGACGGCCAGCUUGAUUUGUGCCAAAGCAGAGUGCCUGCUGCGAUUGGAGGAGCUUGUGCGUCACUUCCUUAUAUCCCGGGAAACACUCUCAGUCAGAAUGCUUGAUGAAAAUUUGGACCCCACCCCCCUGCUGAAGGAAAUCCGUGACGACAAAGUUGCGACUAUUAUCAUUGAUGCCAAUGCAUCAGUGUCAAUACUAAUAUUAAAGAAGGCCUCAGAAUUAGGCAUGAUGUCAGCCUUCUACAAGUACAUCCUUACCACAAUGGAUUUCCCUCUGUUGAGGUUGGAUGAUGUGGUAGAUGAUCAGUCAAAUAUCAUUGGCUUCUCCAUGUUGAACAGCAGUCAUCCUUUCUACCUAGAGUUCAUCAGGAGUCUAAAUCUGUCAUGGAGGGAAGGUUGUGACCUCAGCCCCUACCCUGGUCCAGCGUUGUCAUCUGCACUGAUGUUCGACGCAGUGCAUGUGGUGGUCGGAGCGGUGCGAGAACUGAACCGCAGUCAGGAGAUCGGAGUGAAGCCUCUGAGUUGCACGUCUCCACUCAUCUGGCAGCACGGCACAAGUCUCAUGAACUAUCUGCGCAUGAUAGAGUAUGAUGGCCUAACAGGCCGCGUGGAGUUUAACAGCAAAGGCCAGAGGACCAAUUACACGCUGCGUAUUCUUGAGAACUUCAAGGGGGGUCACAAAGAGAUCGGUGUCUGGUACUCCAAUAACACGUUGGCUAUGAACUCCACAUCUUUAGACAUCAACGCAUCUGAGACUUUAGCUAACAAGACGCUCAUCGUCACCACGAUACUGGAAGAUCCAUACGUGAAGCGCAAGGCGCACUACCAGGACUUCCAGGGUAACGAUCAGUACGAGGGAUUCUGUGUGGAUAUGCUGCAGGAGCUGGCAGACAUUCUGAAGUUUUCCUUCCGGAUCAAGCUGGUGGAUGACAGGCUGUAUGGAGCUCCAGAACCUAAUGGCUCAUGGACUGGCAUGGUGGGGGAACUCAUCAACAGGAAAGCAGAUCUGGCAGUGGCUGGAUUUACCAUCACAUCGGAGAGGGAGAAGGUCAUCGAUUUCUCCAAACCUUUCAUGAACCUUGGCAUCAGUAUCCUUUACCGCGUCCACAUAGGCAGGAAGCCAGGUUAUUUCUCCUUCUUGGAUCCCUUUUCGCCAGCUGUCUGGCUAUUCAUGCUUUUAGCCUAUCUGGCCGUUAGCUGUGUGCUCUUCCUGGCUGCCAGGCUGAGUCCGUAUGAGUGGUACAAUCCCUUCCCGUGUUGGCGGGACCGCAGCGACCUGCUGGAGAAUCAGUACACACUGGGGAACAGCCUGUGGUUUCCAAUCGGUGGUUUCAUGCAGCAGGGCUCAGAGAUCAUGCCCCGGGCUCUGUCCACACGCUGUGUCAGCGGCGUUUGGUGGGCAUUCACACUGAUCAUCAUUUCCUCCUACACGGCGAACCUUGCAGCUUUUCUGACGGUCCAGAGGAUGGAGGUGCCAAUCGAAUCUGCUGACGACUUGGCCGAUCAGACAAACAUCCAGUAUGGGACUAUUCAAGGAGGAAGUACUAUGACCUUCUUCAUGAACUCGCGCUACCAGACGUACCAGCGCAUGUGGAAUUACAUGUACUCCAAGCAGCCCAGCGUGUUCGUGAAGAGCACGGAGGAGGGCAUAGCUCGGGUUUUAAACUCCAAGUACGCCUUUCUUCUGGAAAGCACCAUGAACGAGUACCACCGACGCCUCAACUGCAACCUCACGCAGAUUGGAGGCCUGUUAGACACCAAGGGCUACGGCAUCGGCAUGCCUCUGGGUUCACCAUUCAGAGAUGAGAUCACAUUAGGCAUACUGCAGCUGCAAGAGAACAACAGAUUAGAAGUCCUAAAGCGUCGAUGGUGGGAGGGCGGAAAGUGUCCUAAAGAAGAAGACCAUCGAGCCAAAGGUCUAGGUAUGGAGAAUAUCGGCGGGAUAUUUGUUGUGCUGAUAUGUGGGCUCAUAAUAGCUGUUUUUGUAGCCAUUAUGGAGUUUGUGUGGUCCACGCGCCGCUCGGCCGAGACAGAUGAGGUGUCAGUAUGUCAGGAAAUGAUGACUGAAUUCAGAAACGUUAUCUCCUGUAAAAAGAACACUCGUUUGCGGCGCCGGCGACCCCUCUCGUCCCAGGGCAUCCUCCGGCCCUCGGCCCGUCACCCUUUAGGAGCUCCCCGUCAAAUGCGCCUUGUGCGGGAGAUGCGUCUCAGCAACGGCAAACUCUACAGCGGGACAGGACCAUUAACUGGCGCCGCAGCAGAACCGGGACCUGGUGGGGGCGCUGCGGAAAUGGGCCCAGGCCCUCAGCGACUGCUGGAGGAUCCUCUCAGCGCCAGUGUCCCCAGUAGCGCACCCGCUCUGGUCCCCACGGCGGCGCCCCGUGGCUGCACACACGUGCGGGUGUGCCAGGAGUGCCGGCGGAUCCAGAGCCUUCGCUCCACGCCAUUUUGCUCACGCAUCUCGCCACUGGCCUCCGCCAUGUCCUCUCUCCCACGUUUGCCACCGCCGCCCCCCUCCGCCUCCAAUACAAACACUGACAGUGAGGAAGGAGGCUCGGGCAGCCCACGCAGGGCCAAACCCACGCCCCCUCCAAGGCCGCUGCCGCCCACUAAAACUCCCUCUACCGAUCUCCUCUGCAAGCAGGACUGAGACCAAGAGUAAGGAAACUUUUGUCGGGACAAUAAUUUAAUGUAAAUGAGUGCUGGAGGACAGACGGAAAGACUCUGCCCACGCCUCCAGUCAAAGUGACCUCUUGGAUACUGCAAAUAAAGGCCAUUUUUGAAUGCAAAAUUACACUGAGUGAGAGAAAGAUGAUUCAGCCAACCGCUUGCUGUCCAAGUGUCUGGUUUUAACACCACGUCUUUCGGCAGCGCUCAGAAAGCCAGUGAGGUUUGGCAUGCUGUUGAGACUAUGUAAUGCAUAUCCUGUGAAAGUAUGCUAUGCAACAUGUCAUAAAGGGAAAGGUGGAGGAAAACUAUGAGGACAGCUGUUAGUUUUGCAAAGAAGUGUGGAUCUUCUUCAUGCUUUGUGAUGGGGGACUGCGCUCCUGAGAGAGGACGAUGGAGCCUGCACCUAAAACGUGUGCACAUUGAACUGAAAUGACUUUGGUGCAAAUUCAUUUUAUUUUAUUUCUUCAUUCUUUAAAUAAGUUGGGGAGGGUUACAAUUCAUUUUUAUUCCUGAAUGUCUCUUGCUUGUUUUCCUUUCUAGCUUCUUCUUUGGUGU